CCGGCUAACUGCGAUCGCAGUCAAAGCCGGGGUGAUAACGAUGGGGCUGUUGCAGUGCCCCGGAUCUCUCGAGUCUCAGAUAAUACGCCUAGGCAUCAGCUGCUUAUAUCUACCACUCAAGCUCCCAUUAAGCUCCCAUCAUCAUGGAUACUUUCAUUAAUCUCGCGAAGCAAGGUUACGAGACAUACUCUGAGUCUCAGCAGUCCCAAGUACACAAGACUGGAGGCCGAGAGUUCAACUCUCCCGAUAACCGACCUCCUCAGUCUUCCAGGCCGUCGUACGACUCGGACGAAGUGAGCCAGCACGUCGACUCUGAAGACCAUGGCUACUUAAGCCAUGCGCUCUCCCAUGCGCACAAAUCCGUCCAGCAACAAGGCGACAUCGACGAGGAUGGCGUCCAAAACCUCAAGAAUGCUCAUCACCAGGCAUUCAGCUCUGAGGGCGAUGGCCCAGGAGGCAUGGCACCCGAUGCAUUGGGUGGAGCUGCAGCCUUCAAGGUGUUCACAGACAUGAUGAGCGGCGGCGGCGGCGGCGGAAGUGGUGGUGGAGACAUAAAGAGCAAGCUUAUUGGCAUGGCCAUGCAGAAUGCCUCCAAGCUCUUCGAUCAGUCCGGUGGAGGAUCUAGCGAGGCCAAACAAAGCGCCAUGAACAGCGCUGCUACUUACGCUAUGCAGCUAAUGAUGAAGAAGGAGAUGAGCAGCUUCAUCGGUGGUGGCAGCAGCGGAGGCCUGAGCGGAAUCAUGGGCAUGGCAAGCAAGUUCAUGUAGAUGCGUCGAGAGGAAAGAAGACUGUUAUAAGUUUGUAUCUUGGGUGAAGCCGCCUAUGUGUGAACUUGCUUUGUAAAAUCUAGUGCUUACCUACGAAGUUUUGUAAAACCCUUGGACUAAUACCCAAUUAAAGAGAACUGUUUUUGCUUUUCCUUA